AUGGCCCAAUCUUUGGAUGUUCUCUCACGUCGCCAGCAGUUCUGCUCCGCUGAUGAACCCCUUCAGCUGCUGUCCCAUCACUUGAGACAUCGCUACGGGCAGCUGGAGCGUUCUCAGAGCCCGCAGGCAGCGCUGGUAGGCCGAAUGACGGAUUUGGUGAACCAGGAGUUUCGCAUUCUCGAUACGUGUAUGAAAUUCACCGAAGCUUGUGGAGAGAUUGUUGCGGAAUGCGAGAGAGCGGAGCAAGUGCCAGAUGCAUUACUCUCGGACAUGUUGGAAGAAUGGAUGGACUAUUGCCAGACCCUACAGCUACUCAGUCAGCAGCGCAAGGACAACGUGACGGCCAUCGUCGAGAUGGAAAAGCAAAAUUUGGAGGAAUUCCGCCGCCUCCAUCAGUCGAUUGAAAAUCGGAAGAACCUUCGGACUGCUCUUACGGCGGUUGGAACCACUACAGUCACGACAGUGGGAGCAGCAGUUGCCAUAACUGCCGCAGGUCCAGUGUCGUUGGUGGCAGCAGCCUUGGUGGGUUUGGCAGCAGGAAUCUCGGACCAACAGCACCGAGAUGCAACCAACCGAGUCCAGCAAAUGUGCCCGUUCAGUGCAUGGAGACCUUCGCCAAGAACUUGGACGAUGCCAUUGGAGUUAUUGCCAAGGAUGGUUCUAAGAUUUCGGGGCGCUCUGCUCGCAUCAAGCGCCGCAUGGAUAUGA